UAUCCGCAAGAAGUAGCCAGCCAGAUCGGAGAGGUUAAUAUAAAGCAACCGCCUCUUAACUACUCUGCUUCUAGUAGCGGCCAAGAAGAAAAUGACUUAGUUACGGUCUAUACUCAACGGGCUAAUGAAAUCUUCGGUGGUUCACAAAACUCAUCAGGAUGGGUCUUUGAUUGGUUCUCGUGGCUCAAUUGGUUCCUCUUUCAUUGCCUACUUAUGCAGGAUUACCGACUUAAAUCCGUUGCCUUUUUACAAGAAAAAGAAAAUUGUCCCACUUGUUCCUCCUUGCUAACCAUGGAGGGUCAUAAUUUACCGUUUGAAACCUUUUUUGGCUGGGAGGGAGAAAAAACUCCUGACAUUGACCUCAACUUUUCCGGUGAGUAUCAAAAAAUUGCGCAUAAUUAUGUGCGGCAAUUGCUUGGAGAAAAAUCAGUUUAUCGGAUUGGUACGAUUAAUACUUUGUCCCAGCAAACCGCCGAAAUAUUUUACCGAGAGCACUUGAAAUUACGCAAAAAACUCAAUUCUGGUUUUAAUGAAGAAAAGUGGUUUAGGGAAUGGAUUGACGGUGAAAAAUUACCAGUGCUAGAAAAAAAAUUAGCCCAAACCCGACAAGAAAAAGCCCAAUUAGAAGCCGAAUUGAAAAAGAUAGAGAGUCAAAAAGA